AUGGAUGGAACAUUGCUGGGACUUUUGGAGGCUAGUUUAGUCCCCAACUCUCCCUUUUUCGUGGAAUCGCAGCAAAAAUUGCAACAUGCCAAGGAUGUCAAUUUACCCGAGUUCAUCUGUGCCCUUAGUGACCAAAUUGUAAAUCCACUUGCUUCUCCAGGUGCUAGACAUUUGGCUGGAAUUUUGAUUAAAAAUUCAUUUGAACGAGAUGGUAAAACAGACGAGGAACAAAAGGCUAAAUUUUGGUCCCAGGUUACCCACGAGACUCUAACGUACAUCAAAAAUAAUAUGAUAAAUAUCAUGAAAAAUCCAAAUGAAUUGCAAUCUAUAGUUUUGACAGCAUGUAGUGUCAUAUCUAGAAUUGCGGAAGUAGAGUUAUCUAGGAAGACCUGGCCUGACUUCUUCUCCAUAAUGUUAGAAAUGGCAAGCUCUCCUAAACAUUGUGAAUGCAGAAGUUCAUUGACUUGCCUAUCUUACUUGAUAGAAGAUUUGGCCAGUAUUUAUGAAAACCAUGGGACAAUGUUACUUGACACUACUCAAAUUGAGAAUCUCCUACCCGCUGUUGUUAAGGGAAUGUAUGCUGAAGAUAUUUUAGCCAGAAAAAGUGCUGUCAAAUGUCUUGGAUACAUGCUCUGCUUUAUUCACUCCAACAUUUCAAACGAAUCCCAAAGAGUUGUAAUUAUUGAUGCCAUUUGCAGCAAUUGCGCAGCAAGCGCAGAACCAGAGCUUCAAACUGCUGCAUUUGAUGUUUUGGUCCAAUUUGCCAAUGAGCAUUAUGAUUUCGUCGGCAAGAUAUUACCGACAAUUGCACCAUUGCUUUGGCAAGCAAUUGACUCGGGUAUUGAAUCUGUAGCCAUUCCUGCGUUGGAAUUUUGGAAUACUAUUUGUGAAAUUGAAAUUGAAAUGGAUGGGAGGGGUGAAAAGAGCUGUGAAUAUAUGAAACAAGCAGUGUCAUUACUGUUACCUAAAGUACUGUAUACCAUGACAUUGCAUGAACAUGAGCAUCAUACUGUGGAUUCAUGGACUCUUCCUAUGGCCGCCGGAGUUUGCUUGAGUCUAUGUGCCCAAGUUGUUAGGGAUGAAAUUGUUGCUCCAAUUCUACAGUUUGUUAUGGCUAACUUCGCAUCCCCUGAAUGGAAUAAACGAGAAGCAGCCGUUCUUGCGUAUGGCUAUUUACUCGAGGGCCCGAAUAAGAAGACACUUGAACUACUGGUCAAGGAUAGUUUUUCACGCUUGUGUGAUGUGCUAUCGGAUCCUUCUAUUGCUGUACAGGAUACUGCAGCAUGGACCAUUGGUAGAAUUGCGAAUUUUCAUGCGCCAGCAGUUUUGCCAUUACUUGGUUCACCGAAUCAUGAGCAUUCUAAUUUCUCUAAGAUUUUAAGGGCCUUGUUCCAACCUGCACGUGUGGCAGUGAAUGUAUGUUACUUCCUAUCAGAGAUGACUGAAGUUGGACACCAACUAGAUCACACUUAUCAAGGAGAUCCAAAUUACCACGUGGAUUCGUCAUUUUCCAUUGUAUGCAAUGCAUUGGUUGAAAGGUCUACUAGGCCCGAUGCAUUUGAACGUAAUCUAAAUACAUUCAUAUAUUCCUGUAUCUGUUCAUAUGUGUCCAAUGUAUCCGAAAAGUGUUUGAAUGAUUUGCAGAAGAUGAUGGUGCACUUUUCACAAAAUCUUAGUAACAUAAUUGGUUUGGCGUUCACUGACCCCGAUUUUGACCCCUAUUCUGGCGCUUCGUCUAUAAACGUAGAUAUUAAAAAGACGUUGGCUAGGGUAAAAAUAGUCAAUAAAAGUAUAGAUGCUUCUGAUGCUGCCGACUUGAUUUGUGGUGUAGUACAAGUGCUGACUACUAGAUUGGGACUUGAUGUACUCCCAUUCGUACCACGUAUCUGGGUUACACUGGAUUAUUAUAUUGCAUAUCUAACUUGUUCAGUUGACUCUGGUGGAUUGUGCGCUGGGAAUCAGGGACAAGAGCCCAUGUGGGAUAAUUGUUCAGAAGAUGCACUGUUAGCUCUUUCAGCAUUGAUAAAUGUAUCUGGUGAUUUACUAAUUCCAUUUGCUGAAAGACUGGUACAGAUUGCAAAAGGAUGUUUGAUCUUUGGUGCACCUUCAAUAGUGAAAAUAAGUAUUGAAUUGGUAUCUGAUUUAUCACGUUUGCUAAACAAUUUGUUAAUACCUCAUACACCUGAAAUGUUAAAUAAACUAUUUGAAUUGCUAAGGGAUCCAGCAUCUGACAAAUCACUAAAACCUUUAAUCGUACUUACUUUUGGCGAUAUAGCCAUGGCGAUAAAUGGAAGUUUUGUUUCACACCUAACUCCAGCGAUGCAAUUGCUGCUACAGGCCGCAUCUACUAGGCACGAAAUGGGCCCUGUUGAUAAUGAAGAAUGGAUUUAUUACGUGAACCAACUUAGAGAGAGUGCUUUGCAAGCCUUUACAGGUAUCGCAUACGGCCUGAAAGAAGGAAAUUGCUUAGAACAUUUUCAACCAUUUGUACAAACUAUAUUAGAAUUUGUUCAACAAGUUGCGGAUACCAAAGAUGGAUUUUUUUCAUCAUCUACACUAUUAUUGGCUAUAACUUUGGUGGGAGAUCUAGUUGCUGCUUUUGGGCCUACUUUAUCUAAACAUUUGACUGAAUCACCUCUUUUGGCCAAUUUAGAAAAUAGGGUAUCGCGUCUGGAAAAUGGCCCCGAAUCCUCUCAAUGCAGGGAAAAGUUGCUCUGGUUAAGAAAGGUCACCUUCAAUUAA